AUGUCUGAUGCAAGAGAAUCUCCUCUAGUAAAGACAAUAUGGGUAAUUAAUACUUGUGUUGAUCAAAUCGGAACUGUUCUUUUUGCUCUUUUAAUCAUUGUUACUAUUAAACAAAAGCGUUUGCAUGGUACUUGCCAUUUAUUAUUGGGUAUUUAUGCCGUUUGUUCUCUUUUAUCAAAAAUCCAAAUAUUGCUUCCAUUUGCUUUAAUCAUGCUUCCUGGAACAGGAAAAAUACCUCGCUUAUAUUGCGCUUUGAUCCAGAUAUUACCUGUUGGUGGUUCGAUGAAUGUUUUUUCAUUGAUGCUUGUAAUUGGUGCGGAUAGAAUGUUGGCUAUUUUCAUGCCUCUUUGGUAUUCAACAAGAAGUGAGAAGCAUUACCUAAAAAUAAUGUAUCUUGCAUCAUUUUGGUUUCCUCUACUCCUUUUAGCAUUUGCCAUUAAAACUGUUAUUCAAGACCCUUUCAUGUAA